AUGGCCGCCAGCUGGAAGUUGCCUCCUGGCGGUAGCCAGCCGUCCAAGAUCAACAACCUGACCUCGCCCGGCCGGGACGGCGACACUCUGAACUUCAGCCCCGACUUUAUGUCCGGUAUUGACUCAGAUGACCGACGUCUGACUGCCAAUACCAAUCCAGCAAAGUUUGAGCUGUCUGUCAACUUCUUUCCAGUGAACCCUGGCAAGACUACCAGCCUCUAUCAGUACCGCAUUGAGAGCAUCGUCAAGAUCAAGAAGCCGUCGACCGGCAGCCAAGUCCCUCGCUCUCGUCCUACCCACCCUAAGCGUGCUCCGUUGCCAAGAGGCUUCGCCGCAGCCACCAAGAGGCAGCGGGACGAAAAGGAAGCGAAGGACCAAGAGUACUUGGCAAAAUAUCAGAAGCGUGUGUCUGGCAAUUCUCCAGCUCCUUCAGGAGACGAUGGUCCAGCUCUCGAUGACUCUCUGAUCACCAAUCGAAUCAAGCGCCGGGUGAUCUUCUUGCUUGUCGAGAAAAUGAAGGCCAAUGGCGUCAAGGUCUCAAUUGCAAGCGACUACAGUAACACCCUGGUUACUGUCCAACCCAUCGAGCAUAAAGCUGUCCCUGGCAUCUGGCAAGUCCCCUACUUUGACGAGGAUGAGGAAGAGGAUCCCAACUCUUCGAACCUUCCGCAGUACAAUGUGAUCAUCGGUGCAGCCAAGAAGGUCGACCUUGCGAGCCUUCUUUCCCUCGUUAAGAAGCUUCCAGCGGUAGCAUCGAAUGCCACUUCUACUGUCGGCCCCGCAGACCUUGCGACCGUGCCAAAUCUGCUCAACAUCAUCUUCAGCCACUGUCUCAACGCGUACACUCAUCGGGACCUGAACUUGGAGCCGGAGGUCACCUUCAUUGGUGCAAACAAAUUCUACCAGAUUACAGGUCCCUCUUGGCCUCUCAAGACGGCGUCGACCCCCAACAACGUUGGCGGCGUUGUGGCUAAGCCUGGCUUCUUCAGAUCGACUCGCGUCAGCCUGGGCAACAACAUCCUGUUGAAUAUCAACACCACCACCAGUGCUUUCUACGCUCCCGGCUCUCUUCUGAACGUGCUCCAGGGUUUUGGUCUGCAGAAGCCUCUCUUCGAGAUCAACCGGUUCGUCAAGGGCAUACGCGUGCGAACCACAUACUUGCGGAAGAGCCCCUCGGCCCAGAAGAAAGCUCGCGAGUCGCGCGGUAAGGAUGCUGUUCCCUUGGAGCACAUCUUCACAGUCAGAGGUCUUCCAUUCCUCGACGAGAAACCCGUGGCAACCAACGUCUUCUUUGAGAUCUUCCCUGAGGGUUCUGAAAGCCCUGGCGAGGUUACGGUAGCUCAGUACUGGGGCAGCUCGGACAACCACCGCAUUAACCUCACCAAGAACGAUAUCAUCGUUGAUUGCGGUAGGGGCGGCUUCAUCCCAGCACGAUUUCUUGAAGUGCUUCCCGGUCAACACUAUAAGCCCAAGACCGAGAUGGUUGCCCGUGCCUGUCGUCCUCCCACUGAGAACUACAACAUGAUCAUGAACGACGGCAUGUUCUUGUUUGGCAUCAAUCCGCUGGACCAGUACAGCCCUGCUUCCAACUUCGAUGGCCUUACAAUUGAGCGCAGCAUGGUGCGAGUGCCUGUCGUGAUGCUGAACCCUCCUGAAUUGAGCUAUCGUGGCAACAACGGCAAGCUAACCAGCCCCAUGGGUGAUCUAGCCCUGGGUCGUUGGAACUUGAAGGAUAGAAGAGCUUUCUCGGCAAGCCCUGGCAAAACCUUCGUUGUUAUUCAGCUUGCUCGAGCCGGGUGCAACCGUCUGCCUCCGGACCAAUUCUGGCAGUUUGCGAACGGCUUCGAAGCUGCUCUAAGACAGUUUGGGCUCCUGGGCUGCAAAAUGUUUCGCGCAGCUCCCGCAGAUUUUCACACUAAGCAUUCGAUGGAGCUGUCGCCAUACGUUGGCUAUUCAGGCGACGAAGACCGUCUGAAGACAUUGUUCAGAGCCCUCAAGAACAAUGGAAUGUCUUUUGUUGCCUUGCUCCUUCCAGAAGAUAACGCUGAGCUCUACGGGCAGAUCAAGCGCGCCGGCGACAUCGAUGUUGGCCUCCACACCGUUUGCCACGUGAUGGGCAACUUCAAGGACAAGAACCGCAAAUCAUACUGGGGCCCCAAACAUGACCCAAACACCGCCGCCAAUAUCGUCAUGAAGGUCAACCUCAAGUUGAGUCGUACAGGUGCCAACCAGGUCCUUCCGCAGCCGAUCAAGGACAAGGUCCUAGGAGGGAAGCCAAUGAUCAUUGGCAUCGACGUCACGCAUCCUGGACCAGAAUCGAGCCAAGGUGCGCAGAGUGUUGCAGCUGUUGUCUCCAGCGUGGACCCUUCACUCGCGCAGUGGCCAGCGAGCUUUCGCGCGAACCCCUGCCCGAGCGUAGACAGCGGCCUCUCGAUGGAGCGAGUGCUCUACCUCGCCGCGAUGAUCGAGGAGCGCCUCAACGAUUUCAAAGCUGUACGUAAUGGGCUUCCAGACCGCCUGAUCAUCUAUCGCGAUGGGUUGUCCGAGGAGCAACUCGACAUGUGCAAGCGCCUCGAAUUGCCCCAAGUCAAACAAGCUGUCGCCAAAGUCUAUGGAGGUACCAAGAAGCCUGCCAUCCUUCUCGUCUGUUCAGUCAAACGCCACCACGCGAGACUGUUUGAGGGUCCGCCUAGCCAGAGCAGCUUAGGCGUUCUAGACAAGAACCGCAACCCCAAGCCAGGUACAGCUGUCUACAGCAAGGUAACCUACGGUGACAACAAAGACUUCUUCCUAGUCAGCCACGAGACUCUCCAGGGCACCACUAGACCUUGCCACUAUAUUAUCCUCCAUAACGAGUUCGAGGGUCUUAGCAUCGCCGACGUUGCGAAUGCGACUCAUAAGCUAUGCUACCUCUUCGCCCGUGCCACCAGAUCGGUAUCUAUUGCUACUCCAGCAUACUAUGCCGAUCUUGCGGCCGAUCGUGCUCGCUACUACGUUCGCAAGUGGUACAUGGCGAGACAAGGUCAAAACUUUGACGAGCAGGAGUUCGCGGAAGCCUUGCAGGUGCACGACGAUCUAAAGCGCACGAUGUUCUACAUCUAG